GCACCCAUUUCAAUAAUGCGAAGGUUCCAGUUACUCCAUCGCUGCUUCACGAGGUCCUGUGCGUUGCCACAAAGCAGAGACGCCUCCGCCGUUAUAUCGUCUAGUGUGUUCGCCUACGCGGACGGCGCGUCUCGUGGCAAUCCAGGUCGCAGUGGCUGCGGCGCUCUGCUGGUGGACCCCUCGACAGGUAGCGUGCUGGCCACAGAAACCAAGUAUGUGGGCGAUCUGGAGACCAACAAUGCGGCGGAAUAUCACGGGCUCAUGCUGGCGCUGCAGCUGGCACAGCAGCACCAAGCCACGCACGUGCACAUCCACAUGGACUCGCAACUUAUCGUUCGACAGAUGCAGGGCCAAUACCGAGUCAAAGCCGCCAACCUGCGGACACUACAUCAGCAAUGCAAGGAACUUAGCGCAGCCUUUCCUCACGUGACGUUCUCACACGUGGCUCGAGAGGAAAACACCGAAGCUGAUCGACUCGCCAACGAAGCUAUCGACGAGUAUGACGGACGAUAACUGACCCACCACGACCAAACUAGACUUGUCAGCAAUAGAUGAAGAGAUAUCCUACCGCGCUUGCACAAUCCACACCCAAGCGGAGCUGUAUCAACAUCCUGUAUUGAUAAUGCCAUUGUGGAGAAGACACCUACUGGCAGUUGGUUAUUGCAUCGUAUUGAUCAUUCUUGGAUACUCACCACCAAUAUUAUCUAGGUAGUACUUGAGCCGCUCGCUGCAACUGUGAUUGAAAAGGUGCUUUAUGUGGCAAAAUGCAA